UAGUUGUGCUACGUCUUUUGUGGUAAUCGGUUCGUUGUGAAAAGUGCUGAGUGAAAAUUGAUUUUUUAAACUUGACCAUUGAAUACAAGUGACGAAGAUUCUAUAAUUCAAUUAGACAAGUGUAAUACAAUACACAUAUCGUAGAAAGCCCGAUCCGGUUAAGUGAACAAAAUUCGUAGCGCUUACGCUCCCACCUGUAUUUUUACGGCUGUUAUUCACGUUUUGGGUAUUUCCGAAAUUAUGGCGAGUUUAGUAUCUCAAACAGUGAACAUAUAGAGACGUCAGCUGAUCGAACAUUUAAACAAGAAAAACGUAGAAUCGAGUACAAAAUAUGAACACUUUGUUUUCUAACUAAAAAUGAAUAAAACAAUUGUUAUUGCUGCAUUGGCGGCAUUUUUGCCUUUGGUUUGGUCGCAAUGUCUUACACGGAAUGAUACAGCCAGGCUUUCGGCUGACAAAUUAUAUUAUGGACAGCGGAAAUUCUCAGUCAGUCUUCUCGAUGCUCUCCAAAAGGCCCGACCAAACGAAAGUUUAUUCUUUUCACCGCACAGUACCUAUCGCGCAUUAUUGUUGGCUUAUUUCGGAGCCAAAGGUGAAACCGAGAAAUCGUUGAAGAAAACCUUACAUUUGGAUUGGGCGAAUAGCAAAGCUGACGUAAGCCAUGCAUAUGAAUUGGAGAAACUAGCACGAGCUAAUCGUCGCGAACAUCAGACCGUUGAAUUCAAUUCGGUUGACAAACUCUACUUCUCGAAACAAGUUGAAUUGAAAGAUUGCUUGAAGCAAAUGUUCAACGAGAGUAUUGAAAUAUUGAACUUUGCAACUGAGCCAGAAGAAGCCCGUGACCAGAUUAAUAAGUUUGUUGAAGAGGUAACGAAAGAUAACAUCAAAGAUCUUUUGCCACCUGGCUCAAUAAGCCACGAUACAAAUGUCGUUUUGGCCAAUGCCGCUUUCUUCAAAGGAAACUGGGCAUCGAAAUUCGACAAGGAAGACACGCAGAAGAAAAUUUUCUACGAACACAGUCGCAUGCCAGUCUAUGUCGAUAUGAUGAGACAAAGAGGUCAUUUCAAUUACGGAGUCAUCGAGGAACUUAACACAGUCUUCUUGGAAAUGCCUUACAAAGGCGAAGAUGGAUCCAUUUCUAUGUACAUCUUCUUACCGGUUUUUACAGUCAAUGCUAUUGAUGAGUUCUUGGAGAAAGUUACACCCGAAAUGUUGGACGAAGUAUUCAGCGGUGGAUUGCAACGUGAAGUUGAUAUUGAAUUCCCGAAAAUUUCAUUCGAGCGUAAAUUUGAACUUGUGCCGAUCUUGAAACACAUGGGCGUUGGAGAUUUAUUUGAAAGCGGUGCAAAUUUGACUGAUUUCUCAGAGAAGCAAUCAUUGAAAUUCGAUGAUGCAGUGCAUCAAGCCAAAAUCGAAAUCGAUGAAGAGGGAUCAGUAGCUGCAGCAGCCACAGCCAUAUUCAGUUUUAGAUCAAGCAGACCAACAGAGCCAGCACAAUUUAUCUGUAAUCAUCCGUUUAUGUUCCUCAUUCAUGAUCAGAAAUCCAAAGAAAUUCUCUUCGCUGGCGUUUACCGAGGACCCAACGAAUAAAUGGCUGCAAACAGUGUGCCGAACAUCUUUUUAAUUUCUUUUCUUAAUGUGUUGUAGAUUUACAAGUAACAGUGCUUUACCCAAUUUAUUUUUUAGAACGAUUGUUAAUAUAUAUGCAUGUGAACUGUACACAUCCGAACGUAUUUAUUUGUAAUAAAUUUCAACAAGAAAACUGA